AUGAGCGACUUUGCGAAAACAAUCUUGGGCUUCGGUCCGUUUUCCAAACGCGAGGCCACGCCUCCCAAUUACUCCGACGACCUGGCUCCGCCGCUGCCCCAGGUGUUGCACCAUGCGCCCAAUGAGCCCCACGGGUCGUCGAAGUUCUUGCCCAAGAACCUCGCAUCGACACCCACCACGGCCGUGUCCAGCCAAUCGUUGGCCUAUGGAACCACCACGCUUCUGGCCGAACAGAACAGUAGCCAGGGCCAGAAGCCCGGUGCGUUUUUGAGCGACUUACUGCCCUACUACUCCAAUGACCCCCAGCAGUCCCAUUUCGGCGCCAACGUCUCCGCUGCUCAGGAGCAACAGCACCACCUUCUUCAGCAACAACACCAUUAUGGUACCAUGACCGGUGCCGAGGUUGAAAAGGCGGCUGCUUUGAAGUCUGAGUAUGAGCUGGGUGUUGCUAAGGGAGUGUCGUCGUCAACGUCCUCUGGCUCGUCCACACAGCCAGUCAUCAUUACCACCGAUGAAUCUGGCCAUGCUCAAGAUUCCAAGACGUCUUCGCAACCCAAGGGUAAGUUGCGCGUGAGCAUCAUGGGUGCCCGCGACUUGCUCGUGAGUGAGUUCUCUCAGCCCUAUAUCGUUUCUACGUUCGAAAGCUCUGAGUACGUCAACAAUUCUGCCCCUACCAAGUCACCCAUGCCUAAGAGAGGCUUGCCCAUGACCCAACCUAAGGACAAGAGGCCUGCUUUGUACCAGAGACAAGCGUCUCAUUUCAACGUUUCUGGCGGCUCCUCCGACCAAGUAUGGAACCACGAAGCCGUUUUUGAUGUUGUUGGAACCAAGUCUGAGUUGGAGAUUUCUGUCUAUGACGCCGCCAAGGAUGACGCAUUCUUAGGUCAGGUUAGAAUCUCUCCAAACACUGAAUCCUCUGCUUCAAGCGUUUCAAGCGAUGCUACAUGGUUCCCGUUGCAUGCCCGUAUUGUCGGCGAAAGAGUCACCGGUGCUUUGCAGAUCAAAUGGGAGUUUACAUACUACGACUCCAAGAAGCUGUACGGACCGGACGACUUUGAGGUUUUGCGUUUGUUAGGUAAAGGUACUUUUGGCCGUGUCUACCAAGUGAGAAACCAAGACAAUAGCCGUAUUUACGCCAUGAAGAUUUUAUCCAAGAAAUUGAUCGUCAAGAAGAAGGAAAUAGCUCACACUAUCGGUGAGCGUAAUAUCUUGGUCCGUACUUCGGCAGCUGCCUCUCCAUUCAUUGUUGGCCUCAAGUUCUCGUUUCAGACACCAACCGACCUCUAUUUAGUUACUGACUACAUGUCUGGAGGUGAAUUGUUCUGGCACUUGCAGAAAGAGGGCAGGUUCAGUGAAGACCGUGCAAAGUUCUACAUCGCCGAAUUGGUUCUUGCAUUGGAGCAUUUGCACGACAACGACAUUGUCUAUCGUGACUUGAAGCCUGAAAAUAUUCUUUUGGAUGCAAAUGGACACAUAGCAUUGUGUGAUUUCGGAUUAUCCAAGGCAAACCUCAACAACGAUGGAACUACAAACACAUUCUGCGGUACUACCGAAUACUUGGCUCCUGAAGUUUUGCUCGACGAAUCUGGAUACACCAAGAUGGUUGACUUCUGGUCUUUGGGUGUUUUAAUUUUCGAGAUGUGUUGUGGCUGGUCUCCAUUCUAUGCCGACAACACGCAACAGAUGUACAAGAACAUUGCCUUCGGUAAAGUUAGAUUCCCCAAAGAGGUUUUGUCUCAAGAGGGUCGGUCAUUUGUCAAGGGCCUUUUGAACAGAAACCCCAAGCAUCGUUUGGGAGCACUUAACGAUGCCCGCGAGUUGAAGGAGCAUCCAUUCUUCCAGGACAUUGACUGGAACUUGUUGAAGAGCAAAAACAUUCCACCACCUUUCAAACCACACUUGCUGUCGGAGACGGACACAUCGAACUUCGAUCCAGAAUUCACCAAUGAGUCGACUUCGGUGCUCAAGAACAAGAUGGAUAUGGGAUCGACUCCUUUGUCACCAGGUAUCCAAGCCAACUUCAAGGGAUUCACAUAUGUCGAUGCCUCUGCCAUUGACGAUCACUUCGGAAAGUCUCACCGCCAUAAUCAGUAUCGAACCUCCGAGUCUUUCAUUCCGGGCAAUCCAAAUCUUCCGCCAGAUGACGAGGUUAUCGAGGACCAGAUUGACGAAGAGGAUGAAAUGGACAUUGACCUCGAGCACAACAUGGAGAGCGAAGAGUUUGUCAAUGGCCGGUUCGACCUAUAA